AUGAGCACCAUCUGCCUUCAGCAACCAAGUUGGUUGUAUUCAGGAGAUCUUGUGACAGGUCUUUUAUCUUUUGGAGUAAAAGAAUCCGCUUGGGUGAAUAAAAUCUUCACAGCUAUUAAUAUCUUGGUCCUUCUCUUCGUUAUGGUUGCUGGGUUUGUGAAAGGAAAUGUGGCAAACUGGAAGAUUAGUGAAGAGUUUCUCAAAAAUAUAUCAGCGAGUGCCAGAGAUCUGCCUUCUGAAAAUGGAACGAGUAUCUAUGGGGCUGGUGGCUUUAUGCCUUAUGGCUUUGCGGGAACUUUGGCUGGGGCUGCCACCUGCUUUUAUGCCUUUGUGGGAUUUGACUGCAUUGCAACAACUGGUGAAGAAGUCCGGAAUCCUCAGAAAGCUAUUCCUAUUGGAAUCGUGACUUCUUUGCUUGUUUGCUUUAUGGCCUACUUUGGAGUCUCUGCAGCUUUAACACUUAUGAUGCCAUACUACCUCCUGGAUGAGAAAAGCCCGCUUCCGGUAGCAUUCGAGUAUGUUGGAUGGGGUCCCGCCAAAUACGUUGUUGCCGCGGGUUCUCUCUGUGCUUUGUCAACAAGUCUUCUUGGAUCCAUUUUCCCAAUGCCUCGUGUAAUCUAUGCUAUGGCGGAGGAUGGGUUGCUUUUCAAAUGUCUAGCUCAAAUCAAUUCCAAAACGAAGACACCAAUAAUUGCUACUUUAUCAUCGGGUGCAGUGGCAGCUGUGAUGGCAUUUCUCUUUGACCUGAAGGCACUUGUGGACAUGAUGUCCAUUGGCACUCUUCUGGCCUACUCUCUGGUUGCUGCGUGUGUUCUCAUCCUCAGGUACCAGCCCGGCUUAUCUUAUGAGCAGCCCAAAUGCUGUCCUGAGAAAGCAGCUCUGGGGUCAUGCGGCAUUGCUGCCUCGAAGAGCAAGUCGCAGGUAGCCAUGCUGCAGGGGCAAGGCCUCAGCCUGCACAUCCUCGUCAGCCCCUCGGCUCUGCCUACACAGCAGUCGUCUUCUCUCGUGAGCUUUCUGGUAGGAUUUCUUGCAUUUCUUGUUUUGGGCCUGAGUAUCUUGACCACUUACGGAGUCCAAGCGAUUGCCCGGCUAGAAGCAUGGAGUGUUGCUCUUCUUGUCCUGUUUCUUGUUCUCUGCAUUGCCGUUGUGCUCACCAUUUGGAGGCAGCCCCAGAAUCAGCAAAAAGUAGCCUUCAUGGUUCCUUUCUUACCAUUCUUGCCAGCCUUCAGCAUCCUGGUGAACAUCUACCUGAUGGUCCAGUUGAGCGCAGACACUUGGAUAAGAUUUAGCAUUUGGAUGGCACUCGGAAUCCUGUAGAACCCUGUAGAUUCUGUUUCUCCAACUUAAUGGGUGACAAAAAAAGCCUCCAAAAGUCAAGGGAUUGAAUUUGUGGAUGGCAGUGCAAGACUCUGAUUCCAAAGCCAGUUCUUUCCAGUGUCCCAGUGGAUUUCUGAAGACAUUUUGAAUGAGCUAAGAGCAAAAAAUUUCUUUUGUUAUCUAAAUUUCUUAUUAUUUGAACCUUGGGAUUUAGCAUUAAAUAAGAUGAGUGAGCUUAUUUAUAUCUCUACUACAUGGUUUUUUAUUAUGAUUCCUUUCCCAUGUGAAAAUUGAGUUAGAAAAUGAGAGUUUACAUUUGGUGUAACUAAAGCACUGAGCAGUUGUCUUAU